AAAAAGGGCCUUGAUGUUGUCGUCGUCCCUGAAAAUGUCGGUGUGGUUGAUCAGCAUCCGUCUUUUUACCAUCCCGUUGACGCACAGACAUUGAUAUUGAUCUACGAGUACCAGCUAUCCCCGUUGCAUGAGUCGUCCAUCUCGUACCGCUCUGUAUUUGUAGCUCCGCAGUGAGCCGUCAUACUUCGAGUUCUCAUUACAUACGAGCUUCUCUUCUAUUUGUCCCAUCAAUACUACUCUUACGACUGCCACAUGGCAUGACUGUGUUUGGUCCCUCGCUAACUAGACCAUAUUUCUUCGCCUUGACUUCAUUCGUGUUGGGGCUGAAGGAAGUCCCGAACCUUUUUUUCUUGAAGCCGAACAGGAACCAGGUUACUUGGGGCCUACCCAUCACUCUCUCCCUUCCUCCCGGUAUUUGUUGCAGAGAUGGCUCCCUCGCUCAAGCAGCGGAAGAUUGCGAUCCUCGGCAGUCGUUCCGUCGGGAAGUCGUCCUUAACCGUCCAAUACUGCGAAGGCCAUUUUGUCGAAAGCUACUAUCCCACCAUCGAGAAUACGUUCAGCCAUGAGAUCGUCUACAAAGGCCAGACCUUCCUCACGGAAAUCAUUGACACUGCUGGACAGGACGAGUACAGUCUCAUGAACUCCAAGCUGUACAUAGGGAUACACGGAUACAUGAUUGUGUAUUCCGUCGCCUCCAGACAGUCGUUUGACAUGGUCAGGAUCAUUCGGGAUAAACUCCUAAAUCAUCUUGGCGCAGAUACGUUACCCAUCAUGAUUGUGGGUAAUAAGAACGACGUCGAUGCAAAGAAACAGCGAAAGGUCACCGCCGAAGAAGGACAGGAGUUGGGCAAAGAACUCAACUGCGGAUGGAUCGAAACGAGUGCGAGAAACAAUACCAACGUUGCCAAAGCCUUCGAAUUGAUGAUUGCCGAAAUCGAGAAGUCACAAGAACCUGACAAGCCUGCAGGUGGAGGGAAGUGCACUGUCAUGUGAAGGAACAAUCCGCCCAACGACCUCACCACACACAUGGAACGAGGGGGACGACAUCAUUCAGAACACAUUCAAGGGGAUCUCUUGUCGGUUGUUGCAUUAUUCGGUGUUUUACUAUUGGUACGACGUUGUCAUUGAGGCGUUCAAGAGCAAACGACAUAGACGUUCGACAUCAGGAUAGAUGGUGGCUGCUUUGUGUCUUCGGUCUUUCGGUGUUGGAUCGACGAUCAGCUGUCUUUGUGAUAUUGGUCCAUGAUGAAUCCUGCUGCAGAUAUGGGUGGAGUUGUUGUUGCUUCCAAGCUGGCCAUAGUUAUCCUUGAGCAUGUUAGAGCAUUUUGAUCUUUAAAUACCGCCUGGAGUUGCGGAAGUGAUUGUAGUAUUUACCCAUUGGAUUUCGG